AUCACCCCUCCUAUAAAUGGUGUCUCCUUCGACUCACACAAACUCAAUGCACUGCAGAAUCACAUUGAUAACACAAUCAACAUAUUGAAGAAGAAUAUAUUGAAGAAGAGAAUCAGAGAAGGAGUAAGUGUUACCUGCGAGGUUGACGCCGAUUCGGUUGUGUACCUAGUUCAAUUGAUCUUCAAGAUUCAAAUCCAAGAUCAAGACUUCAGAGACAGCACAAGUCAAACAUAACAGACAAAGUGGGCUACUUCUUAAGAACAAUAAAGAGUGUGAAAAUGGGAACUCGUAGAAGGAGAAGCGAAGAAGAAGAAAAUUCAUCGUCUUCUGACAGUGAACAUGGCUCCAUCACCAAAACGACGAUAUCAGAAGGCGACACUGUUGUCGUUUCGUCAUCUUCAUCGCAUUACGAACAUAUUCGAGAACAAAGGAUCAAAGAGAACGCUGAGAGAAUGCAAAAGCUUGGAUUAUUGAACCUUGCUCUGAAGCUCAAGAAAACACCAACACCACGCACCUACGUCAGGAAAAUCGCGUCGCCGACUACUCAACCAGAAAGACGUUCUUCUAGAAUAAUGACUCUGCCACCGGUUGACUAUUGUUUGACGGUCCCUAGAUCGAUGCCUAGAUCGAUGCGUCAACAUAAUUCAUCGAGUAAGGGAAAGAGGGAAGUGAGGAUUUAUAUAGCAGAAGGUACAAAGCCUGAAGUUUAUACUGAAGAGCAUGAGAAGCUUCUGGGAGAUUGUGAGACUGAUUGGGAAUUGUAUGUGGAUGGAUAUGAUGAGGAUGGGGACCGUAUAUAUGAUCCAACCAAGGGAGAUAAAUGCCAUCAAUGCAGGCUCAUAACUGUUAGUCAGACGACCAGUUGCAACAAAUGUGAAUUGCCCCAGGGGAUGAUUUGUGGAGAUUGCUUAUACACAAGAUAUGGAGAAAAUGUGACAGAAGCUGAUUUCAAUCUCAAGUGGACUUGCCCUGCUUGUCGGGAAAUUUGCAAUUGUACUAUUUGUCGUAGGAGAAAUGGUUGGAUGCCUACUGGCAAUAUAUACGAUAAGGUGAGAAAAUUGGGUUUCAAAUCUGUUGCUCAUUAUUUGAUUAAGACCCGUCGCCUUGAGAAAAACACGGAAGGCUCGGAUUCUGAAAUUGUUGCCCAGGAAACACCAGAGGCCUCUCCAGAUUCAACACUAAUUAGAUCAGUUCGGACAAGAAGGGCUUCUAGAAGUUAAAAAGGUGGUCAAAUGAAUGCUCAGUACAUCAAAGAACAGAAACAUGUCUUAAUGGCUUGUAUUUUUAAAUGAAGAUGGUGGUUUCAAGUUUUAGAUAUUUAGACAGUGUUAGUUUUCUUAUUUUUGUUAUAUAUGCAUACAAGCUCAGGCCAUUUGACUAAAACAGUCUGCAGCCCUAUGCCCCUAGUUUCUAUAACAUUCUUGUGUGAUAGCUCUUAACUUUUAAGCAGUUUUAUGGAGCAUUCUGGGCUGUUUGAUAGCUCUUGGUUUUUAA